AUGGAAGUGCGCAGACGGGAGUUUACUGCGUAUGAAUCUCUGCUUACGACAGUAUCACCCCCGCCAUCUAGCAGUAGUGAUGAUAUCAAUGAGCCGAAUUAUGUCAUUGAUAAUCCCCGGGCUAUUUUUCAUCUUUGGGAUUGGGUUUUAAUACAUCUUACUAUUCUUCUUUGUAUUGUUUAUGUUCCGUUACAAUCGAUUUCCUGUGGUCCUCUUAUUACUAAUACUGGUCUAGACAAUACGAGUUUCCAGGAGCCCUUUGCUAGGAAGCACCUUCAAUAUGUUACUUCUCUAGGCCCUCGAACAAGUGGCUCAAUUAAUAACGAAAUUCAUGCCCGCAAAUAUCUAUUUUCACAAUUGCAGAAGAUACAGCUUCUUGCACGCUCUUCUGGCCUUGAUGCGGAUAUUGAUGAACAAAUUUCUCGUUCCGCCUCCUUCCAAACCCACGUUCACGUUACGACCUAUGCUCACAUUCCGAACCUUCUUCUCCGUUUACAUGAUCCGCGAAUUAAAAGGAUUUUACCUGCUCGUGCAAUUUUAAUCAAUUGUCAUUACGAUAGUGCUCUUCAAAGUCCUGGGGCCUCUGAUGCAUUUGUUGGUUGUGCAAAUUCGCUCGAAGUUGCCCGAGUUCUUGCAAAUGGUGUAUAUCCCCUUCUGAAUGAUGUUAUUUUCUUGCUAAACUCUGCUGAAGAAAUCAUCCUCCCCGCUAGUCAUGCUUUCAUUACUCAGCACCCUUGGGCUGCGGACGUCGCAGUUUUUGUUAACCUAGAAGGCGCAGGAGCCGGCGGAAAACUCAUGGUGUUUCAAAGUGGUCCUGGACCUGCUAGCUCAGCUUUAAUUAAACUUUAUUCUUCAACUGCUCGUUAUCCAUCCGGAUCCGUAAUUGGAGAAGAGGUAUUUCGUUUUCGCUUAAUUCCGUCAGACACUGACUUUCGCGUCUUCCGGGAUUAUGGCUUCAUCCCAGGAUUAGAUUUUGCCUAUAUUGGAAAUGGAUAUGCCUAUCACACUUGCCAUGACAGAGAAGAACGUAUCUCUCCAUCCUGUCUCUACCUAGCUGGUGAUAAUCUACUUCAACUCAUCAAAACUAUGGCAGCUGAUCCAGAAGUCAACAAAAUCAAAAGACUUGAGCGUACUGGACCCCGUCCCCCCAAAGAAUUUCUUUAUUCCCGUGUAGGUGGGACGGGCAGUAUUCAUGAUGGGCCUGAUCCACCUGAGCACUCCAAUGUCGCAAGAUAUGUCUAUUUUGAUAUUUUAGGAACUUUUAUGCUGCGGUACCCCUGGAAUAUUGGCCGUUUUCUUCAUUGGGGUGUUGUCAUUUGGAUUUCUUUGUGGGUCCUUCGUUUGCAAACUACUGCAGCAGGCACUUAUUACGGUUUAUUUCUUGCUUUUACAAUUCAAAUGGUCUUCUUUGUCACUAGCCACUUCUUUUUAUUUAUUGUUGGAUCUUUCUUCCAUAUGUAUGGUUGCAGAAUGUCCUGGUUCACCAACAAAUGCAACAUCUUUGGCCUCUAUGUGCUUCCUCUUCUUUCCUACUUUUUAGCCUACUAUACCAAACUUUUUCAGAUUCCCAGGGGGAGUUUGUUGAAGUUUUAUCCACUUCGUUAUUUGCUUGGUCAGAGCAACUGGAUAGAUGAAACAGUGAUCAUAUCCCAACUAAUUGAAAAUGACUUCUUCAAAGCUAAUAUUCUUGUUCUGAAUACCCUCUCCCUUCUCGCGUUGUGUUUUGAUAGUCCAGCAUCCUAUAUCACGAUCGCUUGGUGUCUUUCCACAAUCCUUCUGCGAUGGACCUAUCAGAAGCUUUCCGGGCCAAAUUGUCGUUUUGCUUUUGUGCGCAUUCUAGUUUUACUUCUUCCUCCUCUUAUAAUCUUCCAGAUUUCCUCAGUUAAUACUCUCUUUGAGGUAUUCAUUCCAAUUAUGGGACGCGCAGGACAAAAUGCAAAGCCAGAUGCUAUUAUUGCUUGUUUGGUGGCCUUAACUUCAUUCCCAAUUCUCAUAUUCUGCACAGAUCCAAUUCAGCUAACCACUACUUCUGCAAGUCGUGUUCUUAGACGCAUGACUCUAAACGGAUGUAUCACCUUCAUUCUUGUAAUUCAUACGUCAAUCCUAGGCUUCCCUUAUACGGUCAUACCAGAAUCCCACCGCUUCACUAUGGUACCUAGUCAACAACGAGUUGCAGUUUUCCAUACUAAUCGAGUAUUUAGCGAUAGUGCUUUCAAUUCUGGAGUUACUAAAGAGGAUUCUGGUGUCUUCAUCUUUCCUCUGGAUUCUAAUCGAUUCCGUUAUUACCAUCACCCUCCAUCCCGAACUCCAAACCCCUUCAUGAUCACCGUUCAAAGUUACUUUACUUCCAAUCCAAUUGAGCCAUUCUAUUUCCCUGAAAUAGAACAGACGGAACCCUUCUCCUUCCAACACUCCAUACCUUACUGUGGGGUUCCCUCGAUUUAUCCUCUAUUGAAUGCUUUUGAUACUGUUUACUACUUGCCCGCCUCAAAACACAAUGCCUCCUUCACUGGUUUCACAAUCUUAGAACGAAAUGACGAAAUCUCCCCAAAGGGGAAUAAACUCGUUAAUCUAACUCUUUCAAUUCACUCAGGUUCGCCAUUGACUCAACUCUAUUUGAGAACUGCACCAGAUUAUGUACGUCUUAUAAAAUGGUCAUUUGUUUCUGAGAAUGCACACCCAUAUCCUGUUCCCAUUCCACGAAAAAAUAUUCGUGAUGUUGAUGCGAAUGGACCUAAAUCAGCUCACUUCUAUAUAAACCAUAUUGAUCCUUCGUGCGCUACUUCUUCCACUGGUCUUUGGGUCCAACCCUGGCUUUUCUGGCUUCAAUUCUCUCUCACUAAUGAGCCAAUAAAACCCGAAAUCGAUGAUGUUAACCUGGGAGUUGGUAUCGCUGUUGUUAAUCAAUAUAUGGAUGAACAAGCUCCAACAGGAACAUCAGAACAACUGCGAUCAAUUCUUCGCCGUUUACCAGAGUGGUCUGUUAUGGGACACACAAUACUUCUGCUGCAACAGCAAGUCAAAAAGCCAGAUUCUCGAUUAUGGGCUGACUACGAGACUGUAAACCAGUGUUUGGAAGGUGUCUGCAAGAUCUACGAGGAGCAAUUGAAGCAACAGAACCCUACUGCGCCUACUAUCACCUAUGACAUAUCUCAGCUCUUUGAAUUCGUUGACCAACUAGCGGAUUUGAGUUGUCUGGUGUUCAAUCCCCAUUCGGGAACCUAUGUGCCACACACCAAGGAGUGGAUCAAGGAAAAUAUCUAUGCUCUCCUUCGUAAACAAGCUGGACACGCUGUCUUCUUUGAAACGAAAGACACCUGCCGUGGACAAACAGAAUCAGAUUCUGAAUGUGAUAUAAAGAAUCCUCUUCAGAGCUUCAACUUAAGGAGUUACUUGAAAGAGGAGAUAUGGCAGAGUUCGAGACGACAUAAUGAGGAGAAUAACUCCCAAGAACAAAUUUGUGGGCCAUUUCGAAAUCGGGUUUGGAAGUUCCUCUCCAUACCACAGUAUUUUGAAUCGUUUAUGUGUUAUGGUCUUCUCCAAUGCUUGGAUCACAUCUUGAUGGUUUAUACUUUUCUCCCCCUUCGAUGUAUACUCCUUUUCAUGUCUCUCCUCUCCUACAGUUUCUUCAGCUUCCUUGGACUUUGGAUGCCCCCCUUUAGACCGGAAAAAUUCACCCUCUAUGCGACAGAUGCGCGAGAGUUGGUGAAGUUCUCGUUUGUCUGUAUUUGUACAGUUUUUCUCUACACAUUUGAUAGCUCCAUUGCUUACCAUGAGAUUCGAACCCAAUCUAUUAUCAAGAUCUACAUUUUUUUCAAUUUGUUGGAGGUGGCUGAUCGACUUCUUUCUGCAGUUUACCUGGAUGCCGUUGAUGACGUUCUCUACACAGUGUCUGCAUGUCUUUCAGGCCGCCGUGGCGAAAAACCUGGACCCCAACCUGCGGGUAACGGCGACAGUAGUAGUAAUAGUCAGGAGGCAUGGGAAAAUGUGGGACUGGGUGCCUUCAUUGCACAAUACCUCUUCGCUUUGGUUUGUCUCUCCCUACACUGUCUUCUACUUUUGGCUCAAGUGACGACUCUGAAUGUAGCCUUCAACUCUCAGAAUCGGUCUCUUCUCACCGUGAUGAUUUCGAACAACUUUGUGGAAUUGAAGGGUAACGUGUUCCGAAAAAUGGGCAAAUCUAACCUCUUUCAGAUUGCCUGCGCUGAUGUGCGAGAACGGUUUCACUACGCGGUCUGGCUCUUCAUUAUUGUCUGUCGCAACAUGUCAGCCAGUGGGUGGCAAUAUGAUGAUUUUCUGGCCCUCCUGCCGGACAUUCUGCUUAUUCUCCUCUCCGAAUUCGCGGUGGAUUGGGUUAAGCAUGCUUUCAUCUCCAAGUUCAAUGUCAUUCCUUCCGAUGUAUUCUCUCUUCUGAAUCUGAGCUAUCGAAAUCUUAGAUUUUUGAGAUUAUUCAUUCAAAUCUAUUGCAUAUUUGAGGUCUAUGAGGAGUACACAGUGAGUAUCGCCUACGAUCUCCUUCUGUGUCGCCAGGGCAAAAACACUUCUGACUACUUUGAACUACUCGCUCGACGCAUGGGACUCACACCAAUAUCUCUCAGUUGUCUUAUCAAUGUCAUGAUGAUCCAAACUGUCAAGUCCUCGUGGAUUUAUGUCUUUCUACUACUUGCUCUUCCGCUGCUCUUUGCACUAAAAGUGCUUGUUCACAUUGUCCUAUUGAACCGUGCCUAUGCCCACGUCCACUCUUAUACCCAAAUGAUGACUGCAAAAAUGGCCAAAGAGGCAGCCGCGAACUCAGUAACAAAUUCAGUCACCGAUUCAUUCACAAUUUCCCAAAAAUCAACCACCAACUCGUCCGCUGCCACCACUGUCAAACCUGCCUCGUCGGGAGAUGAGGAGAAGCCCAAACGCAAGACGAGCAUCUUCUAUCCACCCUACACUGGCUACGACCAGCCAACUAGAGAUGAAGGCCAACUGGCUAUGCCUCAGCUUCAGCCACGGAGGUCCUAUAGCGAUACUUCGUUUGUCGCUGCUGCAGUUUUAGCUAAAUUGGAUAGCGAAGAGGAAGAGGGGGGAGAGGAUGGAGAGGAGGAAUUUUGCUCACUUACUAGCUGCUCUACAGAUACCUCAUCUCAACAAAGAAGCAUUCUGAAGUCCCCACCCCACUCAGAGACUGAAGCCAGAUUCAGGCAAUUUUUGCUGGAUGCCGACGAUAUGCAAAUUAGUCAUAGGAAGACUGUCACAUUUGCUGAUGAAAACUCCACUCCAAGAGCCUCAAGCUCAAAUCUCCCGUCUUUAUCGACUCCGCCAUCCGGAAUUGAGGAUUUCGAUUUACCUCUAUCGCCCAUUAGUGUUUGUUCCCUUGGAUUCUUCUCUCCUCCAUUAAAUUCUGAACCACUGGUUAGUUCAUCAAGGAUAAAUUCACCAUCCAAGAUACGAGCAACUACUCCAAUAUCCGUCCCUAGAAGGAAAUGCUGCAGUCUGAACGAUCUCUCCUUGCUCAAAUUGGAUAGACUGAAUGAUGGUCUUUCUUCAACCCCAGUCCCAGAUGAGUCUGCUGGAAAGCACGUUCGAUUCAUCAAUACAGAAAAACCAGUAUCUAGACGUCGACGCACGCAUACAGAGAAUGAAAUUACCAGCUUGCUUAUUCUGGAGCAAUUGAGUUCAGCAUUGAAUGAUGAGACAGCGCACUUGGUAGAUGCUGUAGAUGUUGAUCUUUUGUCUGAUGAAGAGAUUGCUGCUGGAGCUGAAGCAAGUUUUGGAAUUCAGGAAAAACUAGGCGGGACAGAGGAUGGAGAUAAAACCAACAAAACAUCUCAAGUGAAUGCGGAGCCUUCAAAUGGUAAUGCGAAUUCCUCGGCAGAUGCGUCAACGGCAUCAGUGAAGCAGCCUUUGUCGAACGUGGAUAGAUACUCUAUGUUGGGCGGACAGAUUAGUUGA